AUGCUAUAUCAAUAUUCUACAAAGCCUUUCGAUGUAACUACCGUGGAAAAUGGAGUAAAGGUUGCAAAUAUUACCAAUGAAGCCCCACAUUGUGUCUCUUCCUUACCAAUAACUACUACAGAUUUUACUGUCUAUAAUUCAGAUCUUUCUUUAAUUAUAGAAAAGCUUGAAAAGUACGGAGUAUGUAUAGUUAAGUCUUUGGUAGAAAGGGCGCAAUGUGAUAGUAUUGUCGGAGAAUUAGAUCCUUAUUUCUUUAGAGAUAAUGCUUGGAAUGGAUCGCCCUUCCCAAAAGAAACUACAGUGGUCACAAGAAGUGUUUUAAAAUCAUCUACUUCUGUAGAUAUUAUACUUUGCAAUGAUAUAUUUGUACAACUUUCUUCAAAAUUUUUGAGUGAAUCAAAUUAUUUUUGGACAGGUAAUCAAAUUAAGGAAGGAAACAGUUAUAUACAGCUUAAUUCAUCAAUUACGUACAAGGUAGGGCCUAAUGCGAAAGAUCAAAUGUAUCAUCGUGAGGACAUGAUCCAUCAUAAUAUCCAUAAGGAAAGCACUUCCUAUACAUAUGGCUCAGAAACUCUUCUAGGAUUAUCUGUCGCCUUGACGGAUACCACAAAAUAUAAUGGAGCCACGAGAGUAAUUCCGGGAUCCCAUUUAUGGGGGCCAAGUAGGUGUCCGGAUACUAAUAAGGAAAAUGUUUGCUAUUUAGAGUUGGAAAAAGGAGAUAGUGCAUUUAUGCUCGGAUCUACUUACCAUGCUGCAAGUUCAAAUUCAACAUUAGAUGAUAGAAUCACCUCUUUUUAUUUCAUGACUAAGAGUUAUCUAAAGCAGGAAGAGAAUUAUUUUUUGGAUAAGAACAUGGAUCAAUUUAAGAAAUAUUCAAAUAGAGCCUUGAAAUUACUUGGCUUAGACUUGAGUGAACCUUUUUGUGGACAUAUGGAUUAUCAAAACCCUAUUACAUUAUUGACAAGCCAGUCAAAUUUUGACGAAUCGGGUAUUAAAUUAAGUAAUAAUAAUUACACAGAAACAAUAUAUCCCAUAUUUAGAUAA